GUGUCUAACAGACACACACAGAGGCCGAAGCCACCAACGUGAGACAGUUUAUAAAGUGAGCAUGAAAGAGUGAUUUCAUUAAACUCGCUGAGAGAGAAAGCUUAGUCACUGCUAAAAUGAUGCCCAGUACUGUCUCUGCCAGUCCUCUCCGCCUUGUGGCAGUGACUGGGGGCACACACGGCAAUGAGAUGUCGGGGGUCUUUCUUGUAAAACACUGGCUCAGGGACUCCUCAGAGCUGGUGAAGGACACAUUCGCUGCUGUACCACUUUUGGCCAAUCCAAAGGCAACUGAAAAAUGCGUGCGUUUCUAUGAAAGGGACUUGAACCGUUGUUUCACCAUGGACAUCUUAUCCUCCCCAGAGUUACAAGAUGAUCCAUAUGAAGUGAAGAGGGCAAGAGAGCUCAACCGUGUACUUGGCCCCAGAGGCAGCCCAAAUGCUUUUGACAUGAUACUGGAUUUACACAACACCACGUCUAACAUGGGGGUCUGUCUGAUUCUCAGCGAGGCCCACCAGCACCUGGAGAUGCAUGUUUGCCACCACAUACAGAACCAACUCCCAAAUUAUAACCCCUGUAUAUAUUUGUAUGCUGACCCAGGAGCGAACCUUUAUGAUCUAUGCUCUGUUUCCAGGUACGGCAUUGGUUUUGAGCUGGGUCCUCAACCGCAAGGAGUUGUCCGAGCUGACACGCUGCAGAAUAUGAGAACACUUGUUCAAGUAACUCUGGACUUCAUCAACCAACUGAAUAAAGGAAUGGAGAUUCCGGCGUUUGAAGUUGACGUUUAUCAGCAUGCUGGACAUGUAGACUUUCCUCGGUCACCUGAUGGAGAAAUAUCCGCAUAUGUGCACCCUUCCCUACAGGAUAGGGAUUUUUCUCCACUCCACCCCGGUGAACCCGCCUUCAUGGACUUUGAUGGAAAAACCAUUCCUUACAGUGGAGAACGACCUAUUUAUCCUGUGUUCAUUAACGAGGCAGCUUACUACGAGAAGAAGAUUGCAUUCAUAGUGGCUGAGAAGGUCCAUAUAUCUGUGCCUGCUCUCCGCACCAACAGUGGCUAGGGGUGUCCAUAAGUCUUCCCUAGGCGGAAAUGAAAUGACUGGAGCGUAAAUCCUCUACACUUCUAAAUGCAUUUUAUGUUGUAAAGCUGCCAUACACUUACACGAUAGUGCAGCUGACAUGGACAAGGGAAGGUGCAAUGGUCUGAUAAUCAGAAGUCCUUCAUACGUAUGCAAGAUGUAUAGAUCCAAUCUAAAUUCACGGUCACUGGGGGUCAUUCCGAGUUGUUCGCUCGUUGCCGAUUUUCGCAACGGAGCGAUUAAGGCGAAAAUGCGCAUGGUACACAGUGCGCAUGCGCUAAGUAUUUUAGCUGAAACUUAGUAGAUUUACUCACGUCCGACCGAAGAAUUUCCAUCGUUGAAGUGAUCAGAGUGUGAUUGACAGGAAGUGGGUGUUUCUGGGCGGAAACUGCCCAUUUUCUGGAAGUGUGCGGAAAAACGUAGGCGUGCCAGGAUAAAACGCGGGAGUGUCUGGAGAAACGGGGGAGUGGCUGGCCGAACGCAGGGCGUGUUUGUGACGUCAAACCAGGAACGAAAAUGACUGAGCUGAUCGCAAUCUGUGAGUAGGUCUGGAGCUACUCAGAAACUGCUAAGAAUUUUCUAUUCGCAAUUCUGCUAAUCUUUCGUUCGCUAUUCUACUAAGCUAAGAUACACUCCCAGAGGGCGGCGGCCUAGCGUGUGCAAUGCUGCUAAAAGUAGCUAGCGAGCGAUCAACUCGGAAUGACCCCCACUGGCCAGAGUUGGCUGAACAAUGGUUGGGUGGAUAGGAUAUGUCUGAUAACCAAACCAAAUGAUCCAGACACAUUUUAAGCCGUUGUGAACAAUUAUCAUAAAGGUCCAUACACUGAACGGUAAUCACUCAGAACAGUCGUUUGACCAUCUUAAAUGCAAUUAAUAUGAUAUAAAAAAAUGCCUAUUUCAGUAAAAUUGUGCCAGAUUGUGCAAAAUGACACCAUGAGAGAUUUGCCUUGUAUCAAACUAGAUCCAAAUUGUGUAUAUAUUUUUAUAUAGGAACCGUAUGAAAAUAAGUUUUCACAUUCACAAACACUGUGAUAGAAGAUAUUUUGCAUACCCUUAU